CUGGGGCCGGAAGAUGGCGGCGGCCGCGGAGUUGAAGCUGCUGGAGAAGUCCCUGGGGCUGAGUAAGGGAAAUAAGUACAGUGCCCAGGGCGAGAGACAGAUUCCAGUUCUUCAAACAAAUAAUGGUCCAAGCCUAACAGGAUUGACUACCAUAGCAACUCAUCUAGUCAAAGAAGCCAACAAGGAGUAUUUGCUGGGGAGUACUGCAGAAGAAAAAGCAACAGUUCAGCAGUGGCUGGAAUACAGGGUCACUCGAGUAGACAGACAGUCCAGUAAAGAGGAUAUCCACACGCUGUUGAAGGAUCUGAAUUUGUAUCUUGAAGAUAAAGUCUACCUUACAGGAUAUAACUUUACUUUAGCAGAUAUUCUACUGUACUAUGGACUUCAUCGCUUUAUAGUUGACCUGACAGUUCAAGAAAAGGAGAAAUAUCUCAAUGUGUCUCGCUGGUUUUGUCACAUUCAGCAUUACCCAGGCGUCAGGCAACAUCUGUCUAGUGUUGUCUUCAUCAAGAACAGACUAUACACUAACUCCCACUAGAAGUCACCAUGCCACACACGGCGUAAUUAAAAUGUUUUAAAUGGAAAGUGCGUCUGGACCAUAGUACUAAUGUAAAUUGAUAUGCUGUCAUUGUUUAUUUGUUGAAGUUGGUAGAAUUUUUGAAGUAUAAACCUGUGUCUGGAUGUUUUAUUUGUUCUUUAGUUGAAGUUUUGCAAAUUUUGAUGUAAAAAAAUUCAACUGCUGUCCAAAAAAAAAGGUGAAAUCAAGUUAUAAAUUACCUGGUUUUUAAAAGAUCAAAUUUAUUUUAAUAAAGUUGCAAAUCAGUGGCUUAAUCUUUAAAAAAAAAAAAAGGUAGUACUUUCAAUGGUUGAUGUAUUUGGCUAUUUAUUAACCUCUCUUUCAUAUUUUAAAAUUCUUUUUCCUAUGGAUAUUUACCAUACUUUGUUUAUUAAAAACUGUGAUAACUUAUACCAAGGAUUGAGAAAGGGAAGACAUGUAUUUGUUUUAAAUAUUUAUGUGAGCUAGUAAACAUGGCUGAAAAACUCCCA